AUGGCCCCAUUCGAAGACGACGAUUUUUAUGAUCCUCAUGAGGAUGACUACGAAGAGGAAGACGAUGGUCUGAGUCCUGAGGACAAGGUCUCUAUGGCCAGGGGUACUGAAGAGGUGCAAAAGGCGCUCGGGCAAGACGCCAGCAAGGUGUCCGUCGCUCAAAUACAGGAAGCCCUCUGGCAUUAUUACUACGACGUGGAAAAGUCGGUGGGCUACCUCCAAAAGACUUUCAUUUCUCCGACUCCAAAGCCUACCCCUAAGAAGGCGGCGCCUGAAGCCGGGAAAAAGGUCACACCAGCUCCCAAGUCGGCACCGAAGAAGAAGGCCGAUGGUGCGGCAAAGGCCGAUGACAAGCCGGACGAUGUUACGAAAAAGGUUGCUGGUCUGAAGGUCAGCGAUGUGCCACCACCAAAAACAAAGGGCUUGGAUGUAGUUAAAGAAUACGAGAAAAGCGGUGCCAAGAAAAGCACCAGCUUUGUGGUCGUCGGUCAUGUUGACGCCGGCAAGAGCACAUUAAUGGGCCGCCUGCUUGUCGAUUUGAAGUACGUUGACCAAAGAACCGUCGAGAAAUAUAAGAAACAAGCCGAGAAGAGCGGCAAACAGUCGUUUGCUCUGGCCUGGGUCAUGGACCAGCGAAGCGAAGAGCGUGAGCGCGGUGUCACUAUCGAUAUUGCCACCAAUUAUUUCGAAACCGACAAGACCAAGUACACAAUCCUCGAUGCGCCUGGUCACCGCGACUUUGUGCCAAAUAUGAUUGCGGGCGCGAGUCAGGCAGACUUUGCCAUCUUGGUCAUUGAUGCCAAUACCGGCGCUUAUGAGAAGGGACUCAAGGGGCAAACUCGGGAGCAUAUCUUGCUUCUGCGGUCCCUUGGUUUGCAGCGGGUUAUUGUCGCUGUCAACAAGUUGGACAUGGUGGGGUGGUCAAAAGACCGCUUCGAAGAGAUCACUCAAGAGGUCACGGGCUUCUUGACUGGCCUAGGCUUUCAAGACAAGAAUGUCGAUUUUGUCCCUAUCUCUGGAUUGGACGGCGAGAAUAUUGUAAAGAAAAUAACUGCCCCUGCGGCCUCUUGGUAUCAGGGUGGAACCCUGCUCGAUGCUUUGGAGGGUUCCGAGCCGACGACAGUUCGAGCGUUGAAGAAGCCUUUCCGCAUGACGAUUGCUGAGAUUUUCCGCUCCGCACAACAGGGUACGACAACCUUGGCUGGUCGUGUCGAUGCGGGAACCAUCCAGAUCGGGGACUCCCUUGUGGUGCAGCCAAGCGGAGAGACAGCCUACAUCAAGUCCAUCGUGGUCGAUAAGGAUGCACAGGAUUGGGCUGUUGCUGGACAAAACGUCAGCCUGGCUCUCACGGACAUUGACCCUAUCCACAUCCGCGCUGGUGACAUUCUAUGCCUCGCGACCAGUCCCAUUCCUUGCAGUGACACCUUUACGAUGAAGGCCAUGGCCUUUGAGCAUCUGAUGCCCAUGCCUGUGGAUCUCCAUCGAGGCCGCUUGCAUGCCCCUGGCCAGAUCCAGAGCAUCACCGCCACGCUGGACAAGGCCACGGGUGAGAUCAUCAAGAAGAAGCCUAAGGUGAUUCAACCCGGCGGGGUGGCUAGGGUGGUGAUCAAGCUCGGCGAAAAGGUUCCUUUGGAGGCGGGCCAAAGAGUGGUUGUCAGAGCUGGUGGCGAGACGAUUGCUGCCGGCCUGCUAGAAUAG